GCCAACGCGGGCGUCAGCAGCAGCAGCAGCUGCGUGUGUGUGGGCCCAGCGCUUGCCUGCCCUUCCCCGUACAACACCCACUGAACAACGCGUAUCAUCCACAUUGUCGUUAUGCAUUAACGUUGCUCGCCAAGCGGAUAUUUCACGGCAUCUGCUUGCCGAAGACUGGGGCUUGUGUGUGUGUGUGUGGUUUUUGUUGUUAUUUUAAAUUCAACGUCCGAACCUCGGGACUGUCAUUACCGCUACAUUUCAUUUUUUUUGGGGGGGGGGUUAAAGUAAUUCUUUUCACCGCUGCUUUCGGAAUCGUUCUCAACAGUGGCCAGCAGCGAAGAGACCCUGAAGAAAACGCCACCAAACAACAGCAACAGCAGUAGCAGCCCAGGCACUUCCAGACGGUGUCAACUGGAGGACGUCAUCCCGUCGCUCUCGAGCUCAGCAGGGAGCCCUCUGGUCACACCGAGGCCCCCAAGACAGAUCCUCUAGACAGCGCGAGAGGUGGAAGAGUGCCGGGUUGGGGGUGGUGGGGGAACGAGGUUGUGUGGGACACCGGGGAGGAGGAUGCGAAACACAGCACCCAUGGACCCACGGCAGGUGAUCAAGGAGGGCGAGCUGGAAAAGCGCAGCGACAACUUCUUGCAGCUGUGGAAGAAGAAGCUUUGUGUCCUCACCCCGGAGGGUCUCAGCAUCUCUGACGCCGAGGAGGGCUUCAUGAGACCCCGACGUGGCGGCGGUGCCGGUGGUGGUGGUGGUACAGCUGGCGCCGGUGGAGCAGUCGCGGGUGGUGGUGGUGGUGGUGCUGGUGUUGGUGGUGGUGGUGGGAGCAGCAGUGGCUCGGCCAAGGAGCUGCCCUUCGCCAGCAUCAAGACGCUGGACUGUGUGGAACGCAAGGGCAAGUACGUGUACUUCACCAUCGUGACGGCCGAGAACAAGGAGAUCGAUUUCCGCUGCCUGGACGAGACGGGGUGGAACGCGCAGAUCACGCUGGCGCUGGUGCAGUUCAAGAACCAGCAGGCGGUGCGGGAGGCCAGGGCUCGGCAGCAGCAGCAGCAACAGCAGCAGCAACAUCUGCCACAGUCCGUGCGCAAUUGACAACCCCGCCCGCGUUUAUAAAGUGGCCACUUGGAGCCCCUGUGAACGAGUCCCAGAGGCUGCAAGCAGAUUGGAAGUGAGUCACCAGCUUCCACCCUCCACCUCUGCCAAGCACAAAGCAGCGACCGACCCUCCUCCUCCUUUUUGCCAAUCUUUCGCAGCCAGCUUUUUUUGUAGAUAGCCCGCAGUUCCCGAACAAGUUGCUACGGUACCGUGCCGCGUGCGUGCGUGCGUGCGCACGGCGCGACGCACCCUACAACCGCACCUCCUGGCGACGGCGCGAGAGCGGCCACGUGUCAGUCGCGUGUGUCAUGUUGCUAAUCUGCCUGCCAUGCAAAUGCCCGGGAGCGGCUGCCCCCCCCCCCCCCCCAAGUAGUUGGACAGAAACGGCAAAUUUUGUUUUGCUUGACGUGGCAUGGCGAUGGGUUCCCGCGCAGUCGGGGAAGAGAUGACGGCACUUUUGGCGAUUGGGAUCUGCGCGCGAAUCUUCAUGCCGAGGAGUGUCGUCGUCGUCGUCGGCAUCGUCCGGAGGAGUCGUCGGGGGGGAAGGAAGAAAGAAAAACAGUGUUACCUGCUGUAGUGUAUAAUUAUAUUGUACGUUUGUGAUUCACCACGUUUUAAGUGGAGAUGUGAUUCAUGCUUCUUCUUCUGUUGUUGUUGUUGUUGUUGUUGAUUCUUCUUUCCUGUCCAUUAGAACUUGCACCUAGUGAAUGGGCAGUGUUGUGUGGAUCAAACCGAUUGUUGGUUGUUCAGAGCUCUUGUGUCUGCAUUGCUCCACUGUUAAUAUUAUUUACAUCAAUAAAAAAUAACAUACAACCCCUG